AUGGAGAAGGGUGGAGGAUCCAGACUUCUUCAGAUGCAGGCUCGGUUCCAACAGAAGCAGCUUCAAGAAAGGGAGCUGAAGAUCGCUUCGUUGUAUGAAGCACAGCAGGCGCGCGCGCUUGACAAGGUCCGGCUCUCGCCCAGCAACGCAAACGCGACCAGCCCGACCUCACAGUCGCAUACCCACCAUCCAGGGAAGGUACGGCAAAUGUUCGAGGAGCGCAGAACUAAAGCCGGUAUUGAUAAGAGCUAUCCCCUCCAGCCGAUACACAAUACAGAGCGGGCGAAGCCAAGGAAUCCACUGCCCAAUGGGCAUUCAAAGACCACCACCAACUCGCGAGUCACCGUCGAAAAGAAGGCGAUGAAAACACAUGUCACCAGCAGCACGCAUAGUGUAAAGAAACAAAUUGUACAAAAAACCGAGAACAUAGUGAACGCUGCGGGUGACUUAAACCACAACCACGAAUACGAUAUGAAUUCUGUCGCCAAAUCGAGUCAUAACGGCGAUGUAAAUCCCUCUGACGAAGUAGACAAAGCAGAGAACAACUAUUUACUGGAAAAUGAGACAUUCCCAGAAGCGUUGGCGCCCAUACCCACUCCGAGAUCCCCGGAGCCUAAAGCAGAGGUGAAAAAAAUUGUCCAGAGGAAUCCCAUUCAGAAGCGAGCGAGUAGUCCAACCAAAUCAAGGUCGCAGCAAUCAUCAGUUGCUCCAACGAGGCGAGUCCCCAGCGAAAACUCAGUGCCGGAGAUCCCUAAAACGCGGACAGCCAUGCAACGAAGCUCUAACACUGUCGUUAAGAAAGCACCAGUGACGUCUCAAAGCAACAAAACGCGAUCGAACGUAUCUAUGGCGGCGACAUCAGCCUCGUCGAACGGGACCGACGGAGCCCCGUGCGCGAUAUGCGGCCGGCGCUUCGCCCCCGACCGCCUCGCAAAACACCAGGAGAUCUGCAAAAAGUCACAUUCCAAGAAACGGAAGCCGUUCGACGUGCUCAAACAUCGCCUGGCUGGAACAGAAGCAGAGCCUUUUAUCGGGAAACUGCGCAAGAGCACGACGCAGAGUUCCAACAAAGUGGGCAAGCAGCUGAACAGCACUUGGCGACAGAAGCACGAAGAGUUCAUACAAGCUAUCCGAGCCGCGAAACAAGUGCAGGCGCAUCUAAAAGCUGGUGGCAAACUCAGCGACCUGCCCCCUCCUCCACCAUCGGAAAACCCAGACUACGUGCAAUGUCCACACUGUAACCGACGUUUCAACCAGGCGGCCGCCGAACGCCAUAUACCCAAAUGCGCCAACUUCCAAUUCAACAAACCCAAGCCAAACACAAAUAAACGACGGUAA